AGGAGGUUGAGUUUGUCCGAACCGAACCGGUUCACUGGUCUGUUUCAGUUAAGUCUAGGGUUUAAGUUAGGCGGUGAGCGGUGCCGAAAAAAAUCGUCGCCGGCGUUUCUCUCUGUCCGCUGCUCUCCUCUUCCCUCGCCGUCGCAGUUUCCCUUCCGCAGCCGCCGACGCCUUCCCACCCCGUCUGAAGCAAUCCACGGUUUCCGUCGCAGCAAAUCUAUAUUUCCAUCUUUGAACUGAGCAAUUCUCGCAAGCUUUGAUCUGUAGAUAGGAAAAAAAAAAUGCGGUGUUCGAUGCCGAGGGACUUCUCACAGGCGUUUUCUUUUCCUGCGAGGAGGCUACUGGUUCGCUUCACUUCGAGUAAAUUGUUCAUUGGAGGCCUUUCUUUCGACACUAACGAAACUGCCUUACGAGAUGCCUUUGCUGAACAUGGUGAAAUUAUAGAAGUGAAAGUUAUAUGUGAUCGUAUGACUAGCAAGUCAAAAGGAUAUGGUUUUGUUCAAUUUUCCUCGCAGGAAGCAGCAACCAUCGCUUUGCAAAAGAUGCACGGUGAGUCAUUGGAUGGAAGAAACAUCCGCGUGGAAUAUGCAGAGAAGGCGUGAAGCUGCAGUUCGCGGUCGGGUUUCCAUUGAAGCUAUGUAACAACUAAAUAUCACAAAGCAUCUUCCUCCGAAGUUUCACCGUUAAGUUCAAUUAGUCGAGGUAAGCUUCACGGUGUUUCUUUCAAAUAGUUGCUCUUUUUUUUCAUAAAUUCAAGCCUAACAAAAAUAGUUAAUGGUAGAUCAGAUUUGUGCUUUUCUGGGUUGGGUUCUAUCUUUUAAGGCUAUUAAAGUUCAAACAAGUAGUGUUCUUCAUAAUGUGAUUUUGUACACGAAUUACUCCUUCCCUACGUUAAGUUUAUGGUUAUUCAUUUUUCUUUUAUUUAUAUAUAUAUAGGAAUACAAUUACUUAAAAAAACUGUCUUAAGUUUGGUUUUUAAAUGAAAUCAGAAUAUGAUUUUUCUGUAUAUUUUUCCUAAUUAUUCCUUGAUUAUACGUUUUUUAUUUUUAAAAAUGCAUAUUUUUUAUGGAUAAGUGUAGGCAUGAGCAUUCCAUUAAAAUCGAACUGAACAAAGGUAGCAAUUUUUCACAUAGAUGGUAUGGGGGUGAUAGAGAAUCGAAGAGAAACUGUCUAAGGGAGGGUUUUGUAGUGUUGUUGGCGGUUCAUUGGCUAUGGCCUGCAGGAUGAGGAUACUAAGAGGGUUGUUGACGACGGUGUCACUGGCGGCGAGAGCGAGAAGAGAAGAGGAGGCGAGACUGUUAGGAGGAAAGGCUAAUCCUUGAGAGGAGAGCCAAAGAGUUUCUAGAGGAGACGACUGUGAAUUUUAAUUUUUAAAUUCUCAAUCCGGUUUGGUUUAAUUGAUCUAGUAGAUUUUAUAUUUUUAAAAUUGAAACUGAAUUUGUUAAAUUGAAUUAACUAACAUUUUUUAUAAAAUAAUAAAUUUCUGAAUUAAUCAA